CAGAAAAAAAAUUAAAUAAUUGACAGGUUAGUUAUUUGUGUAAGAGUAGUUCCUGUUGUUUAUAAAUAAAUAAUAACAUCAAAAUUAAAAAUGCAACGGGAAGAAAAACAAUUAGACGCAGCAUUAGAAGCGAUGAUUAUGCGCGUCAAUGAUUUGAAAACUUCAAUAGCUUCUAUGUUAUUUAAAUUGGAACACGAAUAUGAAACAUUAAACUGGCCAAGUUUUCUUGAUAAUUUUGCUUUAAUUGCCGGUCAUCUUACAAGUUUAUCAAAGCUCUUGGCUCAUGAUAAAGCUCCAAAUUUUCGGAAUUUGACUGUCCUACCAUUGUUGCUAAGUCCAGAAAAAGAUGAAGAUUUAAUGAGAAUGACUGAAGGUAGAAUUACUACAUUUGCUCAUGACUUAGUUCCCGAUUAUCUGAGAACGAAACCAGAACCACAAGCUGAACAAAAAAUGAUUCAACUGGAGCACAAAGCUGCUAACUUAACUUAUGAUGCUUCACAUAAACAAGUUGCACAGUAUACUAAAGUUAUUACUCAUGUUCAUGAUAUUGCUGAGAAAGCACGCGAUGAAUGGGAAAGUGAAGCUAAUUCUCGAACAACACAAACUCAAACUAGUAGCACAGCUGAUACUCAUGCUCUAGUUGCUGCUGUUGGAAUGGGAAAAGCUCUAAAGAAUGAGACUGUCCAAAUGGUCCAGUCGGGCGUAAACGCUGGACCUUCUAAUAUGAUGGUCGGUCGACCAGGUAGUCAACCUGGUGCUGGUGGUCAAGUUGGACAAAUGGGAAAAGCUCCAAGUACUAUCAAAACAAAUAUCAAAGCUGCCUCACAAAUUCAUCCUUACAAUCGAUAAUAUUAAUAGUAAUUAAAUAUACUUUAUUAAUUUAAAUAUAUAUGUUAGACUGUGCCAAAAAACCGACUAUUUUUUUUUUUAU